GUGAAAAAAACACAAGUACAAGUAAAUGCUUUCAGGAAUUUUCGCCACGUUGAAACUGUAGCUAUUAUUUUCGUUUAUUUGCUGUAUUGUGAACAGAAUCAAUAAGCUAGGAGUGCCAGAGAAAGUGCUAAGGUUUACGUAACCGUGUAUGCUGAGAUGCCCACGUGCUCCAUUUGACACGGUCCAUCCAUUACUAAAUGCCUCAUCCUAGCGAAGACUGCGCUUCUUUGAACUCUCAUAACAGGAAUGGAGUGUCUUCGGAUGUUGUACAGGAUGAUAAUGAAGGUUUCAACCCUGCAGUCCUCAAUGGAUCCAAAAAAGAAACCAAAGACUCAACAAUGAAUGGUGCCAGAAACGGGAUCCCUGUUGUGGGCAAACGAUUUCCCAGGGUACUAGUGACAGGAGGAGCAGGCUAUCUUGGGACAUCAGUAGUACCAUUAUUACUCCAGAAAGACUACGAGGUUCUCGUCUACGACCAGAUGCUUUGGGGUGUAAGCGGCCUGCUGCCAUGCGUCGGUAAUCGUCGCCUAAAAAUAGUCAAUGGCAACAUACUAGAUGUAAGGCACCUAAGAGAGUGUAUGGCAAAGUGUGACGCUGUCAUCCAUCUAGCUGCAAUUGUCGGGUACCCGGCUUGCGAAAAAGACCCGGAGCUAGCCCGAGAAGUUAACGAACAGGGCACGAAGAAUGUAGUGGGGUGUUUACGACGUGGACAAGCCUUGAUUUAUGCCUCUACCGGGUCUUGCUACGGGGCGAUACCAGAUGGGAUGUGUACUGAAGAUACACCUAUAUGUCCUUUGACUCUGUAUGGCAGCUCAAAGGCUGAGGGAGAGAAAGCAGUCAUGAAAGCGCCUAGCGCCGUCAGCUUACGAUUAGCCACUGUAUUUGGUAUUUCACCACGACUUCGUCUUGAUCUUCUAGUAAACGACCUUACUCACAAAGCCAUUACAGAGAAGCAGUUCGACCUUUACCAAGGGGAAUUCCGACGUACUUUCCUCCACGUGAAAGACGCUGCCAGGGCUUUUGUUUUUGCUUUGGAAAACUACGAGGAGAUGAAAGGCACUGUUUUUAACGUUGGAGAUGAACGUAUGAACAUGUCCAAGAGUGAAGUUGCUGAAUGCAUUGAGAAGUCUGUACCUGAAUGCAAUAUUACGAAGUCUGACAGCGGCGAAGAUAAAGAUAAAAGGAACUACGAAGUGUGUUACCAGAAGAUUCGAGAACUAGGAUUUGAAGCGACGAUAUCAGUCGAAGAAGGAAUUGAAGAGUUGUUGAAGAUUUUACCGUUUGUUACUCCCGAGGAAGCGCUCAAGGCAAGGAAUGUCUAACGAUUUCAUUUAUAUGAAUAAUAUUAGGAAAUACUAUCAUAUAAAAAAACCCCAGUCAAGAGUAUCGAAAAGUUAAGAUAAAAAAUUGAAUGGAGCAUUGCAGCGUUUAACCUACUGCGCAAUUUGAAAAAAAAUGUUGCGAGACAAGUUGCAGCAAUCGUUGCGAUAAGUAGAAUUCGUUUCUACUUUUGGCAACGAUUGAGUUGUAGACACUCUUGCAACUUGUGACGCAACGCUGUUGUUCCUAUUAAGAUAUUAUAUAGUAUUUAAAGCAAUAAUCCUAAGAAACAUAUAAUUAGUUUUAGAAUUCUUUCAAAAGAGCUUACUUGAAUACACUCAAGUCCUUAAUAUUCCUAGUGCUUUUGCUAACAUUCCAGUCGUCCGCUGCUCUUGAGACCCGUUCUAUAUUGGCCCCACUUUCGAUUGAUCUUAAGCUUGCAAAUUACGUUAAAUUCAUUAGAACAAAUUUAUUUAAUUUCAUGUUAAGGUUGCUGUGAUACGGGCAAUCGUGCAACUUGUCGCGUAGCAAAGUUGUGUUUUAACUUGCCACAAGUUGCAACACAACUAUGUUGCGCGACAAGACACCUUAUACUUAGAGAGAAUGUUGCUUGUAUUGCCACUCCUGCGACACUCCUGCGACACUCCUGCGACAACACAAUUUCACUAUUGAACCAAGUAGAAGCUUUCUCUACUCUUAACAAUGAAAGUUUGUUGCAAAUUGCAACGAUACAUUUUUGCGCAAAAAUUGCACGAAUUUGUUGCCCGUAUUACCGCAUGUAGAUUUAGGUAGUUAUUUAAGUAUAUAUAUCCGUUUAAAGAUAAAAAUAUUGCUUGUUAAUUGACGCUAUAAUUCAUAUAUAUGCAUGAGUCUGUAUGCAAAAACUGUGCCAAAUGCCGAUGAUAUCUACUACACAGAAUACCGAAUAAUAAUUUUUAUGAACCGGCCGACAACUUGUUUGCAAUUUUGUGUAAGAUUUCAAGUUGGAGUUUAGAUCAGGUAGUGUAUGUGUUUGAGGUAUGAAAGGAAGUGUCAGGUUAGAAGUUAUCUAUUAACGAACUUCAGAUCCGACGACGAGUAAGAGUUUUAAAAUUGGUCCUGUGCACGUGGUUAACAUUAAAUCGUAGUCGAUUUCCGAUUUUUUUACAAUCCAAAAUUUCAAUCUUCGUACGCUUUCACGACUACAAAAAGAUAGUGGCUCUCUUUAAAAGCUAAAAACUCGUUCUCGUACUCGUCGUCGGAUCUUAAGGUCUCAAUUUCUAUGUGUUCUGCAUGCCUGUGAUAUACUGAAAAAGAGAAAUAAAGUGCGGGUAAGCAGUUUCCCGCCUGCAUACCUUUGAA